CUUAUCAACACCAGACCAGCAAGAUGCCCCCAUUCAAACUCCUCUCUGAAUAACGACAAACAACAUGGCGUCUCUCCUUCGCCAAAUCGUCGCAGGGCCACGCUCCCGCCAUCCAGAAGCCGGGCUCGACCUCUGCUACGUUACCCCAUUCAUCAUCGCAACUUCUGGCCCCAGUGGCACGUACCCCCAACGCGCAUACCGCAACCCUCUCGAUCAGCUCGUCAAAUUUCUAGACUACAAACACGGGGAAGAGUGGAAGAUAUGGGAGUUUCGAGCAGAGGGGACUGGGUAUCCUGAUAGUGAGGUUUAUGGGAGGAUCAGGCAUUAUCCUUGGCCGGAUCAUCACCCGCCGCCGUUCAGGCUUGUGGGGUUGAUCGUUGCGGGAAUGAGAAACUGGUUGCUUGAGGGAGAGGAAAAGAAGGGAGGCAAGGAUAGAGUUGUGGUUGUUCAUUGCAAGGCGGGCAAGGGACGCAGUGGUACAAUGGCUUGCAGUUAUUUGAUCUCUGAGUGUGGGUGGAAACCCGAGGAAGCAUUGGCACGAUUUACGGAACGGAGAAUGCGGCCAGGAUUCGGCCAGGGCGUCUCAAUACCGAGUCAGCUGCGUUGGGUGGGGUAUGUCGAUCGUUGGACCAAGGCCGGCAAGGUGUACGUUGAGCGUCAAAUCGAAAUCAUGGAAGUUCAUGUCUGGGGCUUGAGGGAUGGGGUCAAGGUGCAGGUGGAGGGAUACGUUGAUGAAGGAAAGAAGAUUAAACUGUUCCACGUCUUUACGAAGAAAGAGAGAGUUGUGAUUGAAGGGAACACACCGGGCGGUGGAGGAUUCACGGACAUGAUUUCUGAUAUGGCGGGGUUUCAAAAUCAAGGGAGGAUCGCCCCGAGCAAGAGUUCCGAUCAGCUUGAUGGCGGGAAACUCAGUAUGCCACAACCUUCAGAGUCCGGGGGUUCGAGCUCGGCGAGUGUGGAUACUGGCGCAGAGGCGGGCGGUGGCGCCGUCAUUUUUAAGCCAUCGACAAGAGUCAUUCUUCCAACAAGCGAUAUCAACAUUGACUUCGAGCGGAGGAAUAAGGCUUCGAUAGGCUGGACUAUGGUCACUGCAGUUGCUCACGUCUGGUUUAAUGCGUACUUCGAAGGAAAUGGUCCUGAGCAGAACGGCAAGGCUGACGAUACCGGAGUCUUCGAAAUCGAGUGGGACAAAAUGGACGGCAUCAAAGGAUCGAGUAGGAAAGGUACCAGAGCUCUAGACCGCCUGGCUGUUGUAUGGAAAGCAUGUGAUCCGGAACCGGGACAAGGAAGGAAAGAGGACAUCAUCCACGAGCCAAGAAUAAAUUCGCCGGUUGUGGACAUGCAACCAGCAGACUGGAAAGGAGGAAACGACACAUCACCCGGCCUUGGCCAAGAUCUUGGCUUAAGGACAGAAAGUCCAUUGAGCGCAGAUAUCAGCAAAGCCAGCAGCGUGAAAAGCAACGAAGCGGAUGAUGCUGUUGCUACUACCGAAGAGGGGGUCAAACCUAGUGGCCCCAGCGGAGAAGAAGAUCUAGAUGUCGACGUGAGCACCCUUCCUCAGCCUCAUGGAAAUGCUUCGAAGCCAACACUGGCCGAAGUGAACGCAGGCCUCGAUACAGCAUCUGCGACGACCCCACAACGUGGGUCUGAAGUGUGAGUACGAACUUCGGCUCAUGUUUGUCUGGGAUAAUACUGAGGGAUGGAAAGACAAACGUCGAGGUCACAAACGGAUCCAGUUAACUCCGCAGGCUUUCCUUCACCGGUAUCGACAGCGGAUCUUCCUAAUGGCGUGCCGGAGGAUCAACUCAAGGAUGCCAAGGAUCAUCAUAUCGGGCAUUUCCAAUCAGCCAAAAGAACCAUAUAUUCAUGAACUGCAUGGCUUGGAUUAGAGGGUUGCAUGGGAAAUGGCUUGAAAACGGAAGUAUAUGAUACCACUGCAUUAUGAAAGAGCAACGGCGUUCGGACCAAAGACUUGUUAGAAUUAUAUUUGCCUAGAUUUAAGACAUUAAAACUUCCCAAUAUGCUACGACGA